CUGAGGCCAGCAUGGCCGGCCCGGGCCCCACCUUCCCGCUGCACCGGCUCGUCUGGGCAAACCGGCACCGCGAACUGGAGGCCGCGCUGCACAGCCGCCAGCACAACAUUGAACAGGAAGACCCCCGGGGGCGGACCCCCCUGGAGCUGGCAGUGUCCCUGGGGAACCUGGAGUCUGUGAGAGUCCUCCUUCGACACAAUGCCAACGUGGGCAAAGAGAGCCUCCAGGGCUGGGCAGUCCUGCAGGAGGCCGUCAGCACUGGAGACCCUGAGAUGGUGCAGCUGGUGCUCCAGUAUCGCGACUACCAGCGGGCCACACAGAGACUGGCCGGCAUUCCCGAACUGCUCAACAAACUCCGCCAGGCCCCCGAUUUCUACGUGGAGAUGAAGUGGGAGUUCACCAGCUGGGUACCCCUCAUGUCCAAGAUGUGCCCGAGCGACGUGUACCGCGUGUGGAAGCGCGGUGAGAGCCUGCGGGUGGACACCAGCCUCCUCGGCUUUGAGCACAUGACCUGGCAGCGCGGCCGGAGGAGCUUCAUCUUCAAGGGCCAGGAGGCGGGAGCCCUGGUGAUGGAGGUGGACCAUGACCGGCAGGUGGUCCACACGGAGACUCUGGGGCUCACCCUGCACGAGCCAGAAGCUCUGCUGGCUGCCAUGCGGCCCAGUGAGGAGCAUGUGGCCAGCCGCCUCACCUCUCCUAUCGUCUCCACCCACCUGGACACUCGCAACGUGGCCUUCGAGAGGAACAAAUGUGGUAUCUGGGGCUGGCGGUCUGAGAAAAUGGAAACCGUGAGCGGCUACGAGGCCAAGGUGUACAGUGCCACCAAUGUGGAGCUGGUGACACGCACCCGCACGGAGCACCUCUCUGAUCAAGACAAGUCGAGGAGCAAAGGGGGCAAGACUCCAUUCCAGUCCUUCCUUGGGAUGGCCCAGCAGCACUGCCACAAUGGGGCUCCCGUACAGCAGGCGGCCAGCCCCACAAACCCCACAGCCAUUUCCCCUGAUGAAUACUUUGACCCCACCUUCAGCCUGGAGUCACGGAACAUCGGCCGUCCCAUCGAGAUGUCCAGCAAAGUACAGAGGUUCAAGGCCACCCUAUGGCUAAGUGAGAAGCACCCGCUGUCCCUGGGGGACCAGGUGACACCCAUCAUCGACCUGAUGGCCAUCAGUAACGCCCACUUCGCCAAGCUGCGCGACUUCAUCACCCUGCGCCUCCCGCCUGGCUUCCCCGUCAAGAUUGAGAUCCCCCUCUUCCAUGUGCUCAACGCUCGCAUCACCUUCAGCAACCUCUGUGGCUGUGACGAGCCCCUGAGCUCCGUGUGGGUGCCAGCCCCUGCCUCUGCAGCUUCAGGUACCCCGCCGGGAGGGGGUGGGAGGCUCGACUCACUGGCCUCUGAGCCCCGGCCUGAGCCUGGCACCGUCUGCCCAGGGAGCCCCUUCCCGUGCGAGGUGGACCCCGCCGUGUUUGAGGUGCCCGAGGGCUACAGCGUGCUGGGUGCAGAGCGCAGCGAGCCCCUCCGAGAUGAGGACGACGACCUGCUGCAGUUUGCCAUCCAGCAGAGCCUGCUGGAGGCUGGCACAGAGGCGGAGCAGGUGACUGUCUGGGAGGCACUGACCAAUGCUCGGCCCGGCACCCACCCUCCUCCCCAGCCCACGGUGUAUGAGGAGCAGCUUCAGCUGGAGCGGGCCCUCCAGGAAAGCCUGCGGCUGUGCACAGAGCCUGGGGGCCCAGGAUCCCCACACAGGACACCCCCUUCCCCUGUACCCCCAAGCUUUGAGGAGCAGCUUCGCCUGGCCCUGGAGUUAUCUUCGCGGGAGCAGGAGGAGCUGGAGCGGCGGGGGCAGCAGGAGGAGGAAGACUUGCAGCGGAUCCUGCGGCUGUCGCUCACGGAGCACUGAGCACCAGGCCUGGGGGGCUGGACUGCUGUCCCUCUGCUUUUAUAAUUUAUUUAUUUAUAAACUGUCUGCUGCUGAGCUUGGGGCCUGGUGCCCGGGUGGGUGCUUGAUAGAGACGAAGAUGGAAAUAAAGAGACCUUCGGCAGCAGGCUUGGUCUGCUCAGUGGGCCAGAA